CAGCCAUGGGUAAAGGCUCAAAGGAGAAACAAUCGGAGAAUUCCAAAGAAGUAAAAAAGGAUUACAGCACGGCAAUUUUGGAGAGGAAGAAAUCGCCGAACCGGCUGAUUAUAGACGAAGCAACCACCACCAACGAUGACAAUUCCAUCGUUGCUAUGCACCCGACCACCAUGGAGAAGCUCCAGAUUUUCCGUGGAGACACCGUUCUGAUGAAGGGAAAGAAAAAGAAAGACACUGUUUGUAUAGCCCACGUCGACGAAACUUGUGAUCCGGCCAAAAUCAGGGUGAACAAAGUCGUCAGGACCAAUCUCAGGGUUCGGCUUGGAGACGUUGUUUCAGUCCACAAUUUUCCUGAUGUCCGGUAUGGAAAACGGGUUCACGUCCUUCCGAUCGGAGACACCGUAGAAGGGCUGAUUGGAAACCUUUUCGAUGCUUAUUUGAAACCGUAUUUCUUGGAGUCAUACCGUCCUGUUAGAAAGGGUGACAAUUUUCUGGUCAGGGGAGGGAUGACAAGCGUUGAAUUCAAGGUCGUUGACACGGAGCCUUCUGAGUAUUGUAUUGUUACCCCUGAGACGGAGAUCUUCUUCGACGGAGAACCAGUUCGGAGGGAAGACGAGGACAGUUUGGACGAGGUUGGUUAUGAUGAUAUUGGAGGAGUACGAAAGCAGAUGGCUCAAAUUCGGGAACUGGUUGAGUUGCCAUUGAGACAUCCUCAGCUUUUUAAAGCUAUUGGAGUGAAGCCUCCAAAAGGGAUUCUUCUUUAUGGUCCUCCAGGGACCGGGAAGACGCUGAUAGCCCGAGCUGUGGCUAAUGAGACCGGUGCUUUCUUUUUCUGUAUCAAUGGACCUGAGAUUAUGUCCAAGAUGUCUGGAGAAAGUGAAAGCAAUCUGAGGAAAGCUUUUGAGGAAGCUGAAAAGAAUGCACCUUCCAUCAUAUUUAUCGACGAAAUCGAUUCCAUUGCACCUAACCGGGAAAAGACACACGGGGAAAUCGAGAGGAGAAUAGUCUCCCAACUUUUGACACUUAUGGAUGGACUCAAGUCCCGUGCUCAUGUCAUCGUAAUUGGCGCGACGAAUCGUCCCAACAGCAUUGAUCCUGCCCUCCGAAGGUUUGGAAGAUUCGACAGGGAAAUAGACAUUGGAGUCCCUGAUGAAGUUGGGCGUCUUGAGGUUCUCCAAAUCCACACGAAGAACAUGAAACUCGCCGAUGAUGUGGAUUUGGAAAGAGUAUCCAAGGACACUCAUGGUUACGUGGGUGCGGAUUUGGCAGCUUUGUGUUCUGAGGCUGCACUUCAGUGCAUUAGGGAAAAGAUGGACGUGAUCGAUUUGGAAGACGAUUCCAUUGAUGUGGAGAUUCUCAAUUCCAUGGCGGUCACCAAUGACCACUUGAAGAUAGCUCUUGGAGGAACCAACCCCUCUGCCCUGAGGGAAACAAUGACCGAAGUUCCAAAUACGAGCUGGGAAGAUAUCGGCGGCCUGGAGAGCGUCAAGAGGGAACUCCAGGAAACGGUUCAGUAUCCAGUCGAACAUCCUGAGAUGUUUGAGAAGUUUGGAAUGUCUCCUUCCAAAGGAGUCCUCUUCUACGGACCACCAGGAUGCGGUAAAACUCUGCUCGCCAAGGCGAUUGCAAAGGAGUGCCAAGCCAACUUUAUCAGUAUCAAGGGUCCUGAGUUGCUUACCAUGUGGUUUGGAGAGAGCGAGUCCAAUAUCAGGGAGCUUUUCAACAAGGCACGCCAAUCGGCUCCUUGUGUCCUGUUCUUCGACGAACUGGAUUCAAUCGCCACUCAGAGAGGAAACAGUGUGGGUGAUGCUGGAGGUGCUGCUGACCGGGUGUUGAAUCAACUCCUGACUGAGAUGGAUGGAAUGAACGCAAAGAAAACGGUUUUCGUGAUCGGCGCCACGAACAGGCCUGAUAUCAUUGAUCCCGCACUUUUGAGGCCUGGCAGGCUGGAUCAAUUAAUUUACAUCCCCCUCCCUGAUGAAGAUUCUCGGCACCAGAUCUUCAAGGCAUGCCUCAGGAAAUCCCCUGUCUCUAAGGAUGUUGACUUGAGAGCUCUAGCAAAGUUCACUGAAGGCUUCAGUGGAGCUGAUAUUACUGAGAUAUGCCAAAGGGCCAGCAAAUAUGCAAUUCGGGAGGAUAUUGAGAAAGAUAUUGAAAGACAAAAUAAGAGGAAAGAUAAUCCUGAUGAAAUGGAGGAGGAUGUGGAGGAAGUUUCUGAAAUUAAGGCUUCUCAUUUUGAGGAGUCGAUGAAAUUCGCCCGAAGGAGUGUGAGUGAUGGUGAUAUACGGAAAUAUCAGGCCUUUGCACGAACUCUUCAUCAGUCUCGAGGCUUCGGCUCCGAAUUCAAGUUCUCUCAGACGUCCACCGCCACCGGAGCUACAGAAGUAGCGGACCCUUUUGCAACUUCUGCUGGUGGAGCCGGUCAAGAUGACCUAUAUAAUUAA